AUGUCUGACGCCGCCGUUGUUGAAGCCACCUACUUGAAAGGUGCCGUUGCCAGUGGAAAAUUGAUCCAAACUAAUGGCAAGGGUGCUUCUGGUUCAUUCAAAUUGUCUGCUUCGGCCUCCAAGGAACCCAAAGCCAAGACUGCUGAAAAGAAGAAGAAGGCCCCAGCCGCUGGUGACAAAAAGAAGAAGGCUGCCGCCCCUAAAAAGACCGCUGAAAAGAAGACGGCCGAUAAAACAAAGGCUGCCAAGAAAACCGGUACAGUUAAAGCUAAACCAGCAAAGGCACCCAAGGCAAUAACUGCAGCUGCUAAGCCCAAAAAGGCCGCAGCAGCAAAGAAGCCAGCUGCUAAGAAAGCCGCCGCCAAGAAGUAA